CGUCCUGCUGCUGCUCAUGGGCAGCGGUGGCGGCGGCCCGGGCCGGGCGCGGCGGGGCGGCGCGGAGGCGGAGGUGGCGCCGGGUCCCGGUGCCGGCCCGGGGGGCCCCGAGCCGCGCUCCCCGCCCGCCCCCGACUACGAGGCGCUGCCGCAGGGCGCCGCCGUGUCCACGCACAUGCUGGCGGGCGCCGUGGCGGGCGUCAUGGAGCACUGUGUGAUGUACCCCAUCGACUGCGUCAAGACGCGGAUGCAGAGCCUGCAGCCGGAGCCCGCCGCCCGCUACCGGAACGUGCUGGAGGCCCUGUGGCGCAUCGCCCGCACCGAGGGCGUCUGGCGGCCCAUGCGAGGCCUGAACAUCACGGCCACCGGCGCCGGGCCGGCGCACGCCCUCUACUUCGCCUGCUACGAAAAGUUAAAAAAGACGCUGAGCGACGUUAUCCACGCGGGGGGCAAUAGCCAUGUGGCCAACGGUGCAGCCGGGUGUGUAGCAACGUUGCUCCACGAUGCAGCCAUGAACCCUGCUGAAGUGGUCAAGCAGAGGAUGCAGAUGUACAACUCGCCUUACCAGCGUGUGAUGGACUGUGUGCGGGCUGUGUGGCGCAACGAAGGGGCCGGAGCUUUCUACCGCAGCUACACCACCCAGCUCACCAUGAACAUCCCCUUCCAAGCCAUUCACUUCAUGACCUAUGAGUUCUUGCAAGAGCAGCUCAACCCCCACAGACAGUACAACCCAGGCUCCCACGUGGUCUCCGGAGCCUGUGCGGGGGCUGUUGCUGCCGCUGCCACUACGCCUUUGGACGUUUGCAAAACACUGCUCAACACCCAGGAGUCCUUGGCCCUGAGCUCCAACAUCAGCGGACACAUCACAGGCAUGGCUAAUGCCUUCAGGACGGUGUACCAAGUGGGCGGUGUGACCGCCUACUUCAGAGGGGUCCAGGCCAGAGUCAUUUAUCAGAUGCCCUCGACAGCGAUUGCCUGGUCCGUGUAUGAGUUCUUCAAAUACAUCCUCACCAAGCGCCAGGAGGAGCGUCGGGCUGGGAAGUGAGCCAGAGCCAAAUGCUGUUCCAGACCUGCCUCACAUCCCCCUCCUGGUUUGUCUUCUGACCCCUCUCCCUUUCAGUUUGGUUUGUGUUGAAGAGGGGGCAGUGAAGCCCUUUGGGGUUUAGCGAUGCCGUUUUUCCCCUGUGACUGUGCAGCUCUGCUCAGGCUGCACAGCUUGCUCUCUGCCAGGGUCCUCCAAGACACCCUGCUGGGAGCUGCAGCCCAGGUCACAUUCCCUUGCACUUUGGUGGAGCUGUGCUCCUGUCCUUCCCUUAACCACAGUGUCUCACACAAAGCUCACCCCUCUUUGGAGGGGAAGGUGAAUGUCCUGCCCGGCUUCUGGCAGGGCCAAGCUGAGCUCACAGUCGCCAAGGAGGAGGUGAUGGCGGAUGCUGGGGGCUUCGUCUGGCCUUUGGCUGAAGCGAAGUGUAAGCCUUGGCCGUUGUCUUGUAGCACGCACAUGUGAUGCUGACUGCCGCAGUGGUGGUGGUGGUGGGUGAGGGGGAGGAUGGCACUUGAGGAGGGAGCCUGUAGGUUUGUUUUUGUUCCUGCUCUUGACACCUCCAAUAAAAACAGUUCUGCUCUA